GGAACGUCUGACUUGGCCACCGUUGAAUCCUACGACCCCGUCACCAACUCAUGGCAGACGGAGGUCUCCAUGGGCACCAGACGGAGCUGCCUUGGGGUGGCAGCCCUGCACGGCCUCCUCUAUGCUGCUGGGGGCUACGACGGAGCUUCGUGUCUGAACAGUGCUGAAAGAUAUGACCCCCUAACCGGCACCUGGACGAGUAUCACGGCUAUGAGCACCAGAAGGAGAUACGUCCGCAUAGCAACCUUAGAUGGUAACCUCUAUGCUGUGGGAGGAUAUGACAGUUCCUCCCACUUGGCAACGGUGGAGAAGUAUGAACCGCAGAUCAACACCUGGACCCCGAUUGCCAACAUGCUGAGCCGCCGGAGUAGCGCAGGGGUGGCCGUCCUGGAAGGGAUGCUGUACGUGGCCGGAGGGAACGAUGGGACCAGCUGCCUUAACUCGGUGGAGCGCUACAAUCCCAAAACCAACACGUGGGAAAGCGUGGCCCCCAUGAACAUCCGUAGAAGCACCCAUGAUCUGGUGGCCAUGGAAGGCUGGCUCUACGCCGUGGGCGGGAACGACGGCAGCUCCAGCCUCAACUCCAUCGAGAAGUACAACCCGCGGACCAACAAGUGGGUGGCAGCCUCGUGCAUGUUCACCCGGCGCAGCAGCGUGGGGGUGGCCGUGCUGGAACUCCUCAACUUCCCACCCCCGUCCUCGCCCACCCUGUCAGUGUCCUCGACGAGUCUUUGACGAAGGACCCUGCCGUUCCCCGCCUCGCCUGGACUGCAGCGUCUGUCGGAGCGCGAAGCCGGCUUGGUCCGGCCCCUCCGGAAGCCGAUCUCUCUGAAGGAGGCGUGGCUGCACCCAGAGACUUUCCCCGGGGGGAGGGCCCACCUCCAGCUCAGCUCCAAGAGGAGAGUCUCCUUAAAAAAAGACCUACUGGAGAAGAAGACGAGCGAUACUCUGCGCGUCCAUUGUUGAUCUCAUCCCAACUAGACCAAUGCUGCCUGGUUUCUCGUAGGCCAGACUCCACAACCUUAGAGUUCCACAACUGGACGUCGGAUCGCCGGAUCCACCUCAUGCAAAGGACCGUGAGAUUGGUUACGGGCAAAAAUCAAGGUGCCACCACGAGCUCAGCCAACGACGCCAACCCCUGGAGUUCUUCACGUAGGCGGUGCGUGCCAACUUGCAGAACCUUAAGCGGUGAACAUCACAAUUAGCCCAAAACUUCUUACCAAAACUAACAGUACACGGUUGAAGGCGUGUGGGGCGGAAGCAGGCCUCUCACCUUGGUGUCUCGCGAAAGGAUGCCUUAUAACGCCAAAACAGGGCUGAGAUGUUCCACAGGGCCUCUCCCAUGUUCUCCACAUCUGUAGGCCACCCAUUCAGACAUUCUCCUAGUAUCUUUC